AAUUGUGUUCCAACAGACAGUAACAAGGUUAUGUUAGUAACAGUAGAAACAAGAAGUGUUCAGUUUGAGAGUCAUCUUUGGUCAUCUUAUCGAAAGCACGAUGCCUUCUCUUACGUUCACCGUUGUAACCGUAAGCGACAGUUGUUCGAGAGGAGAGUGUCACGAUAAAUCGGGGCCGAAGCUCUUGGAUCUCGUAGAAAAAUAUUUUCCGAAUAGUCGGACCCAUGCAGAUAUCGUUUCCGAUGAUCAGGUUGCCAUUGAAACCUGCUUGAAGUACUGGAGCGAGAGAAGCGAUAUCAUCAUCACGACAGGUGGAACGGGGGUGUCGCCGCGAGAUGUUACACCAGAUGCCACUUUAGCGGUGAUCGACAGGGAAGUGCCCGGAAUAUCGCAGACCUUGCUGAUCAAGAGCUUAGAAGUUACUGAUAUGGCUAUGCUAUCGAGGUCGGUGUGCGGAAUCCGAGGUAAAACGUUGAUCGUGAACUUCCCUGGAAGCGCGAAAGCCGCAUGCGAGUGCUUCGACUUCGUGCAAACUGUCUUUCAGCACGCCGUCGAUUUGAUCCACGAUAAAUUAGGGAAUGUUAAAAAAACGCACGCGUCUCUCCAUCAAAAUCAAUCGGUCAAAGUUGAAGUCGGCGUACCAAAGAGCAAAGUGUUUAUACCUAGAUCGGCCCACAGAAAUCGCACAUCUCCUUACAAAAUGAUUGAAGUAGAAGAAGCCAUUAAUCUCAUACGGGAUUCUUUUCGGUUGGAUGAUAAGUAUGAAUUGGUAGAUUUAGAAAAUGCUUGGGGCGCAAUUCUUGGUGAGAACGUUAGCUCCGUAGAUUCUUUGCCACCAUUCCCUGCAUCCACCAAAGAUGGUUACGCUGUAAUUGCUGCGGAUGGUGCAGGUGUCAGAGAAGUUGUGAAUUCAGUAGCGGCCGGAGAUCAGCCCGAUGUCAAGAUUUUAAAACCUGGACAGAUAGUUAGAAUUAACACCGGUGCUCCGGUGCCUCCAGGAGCUGACGCCGUCGUCCAGGUAGAAGAUACUAAAGUUCACAUAAGUGAUGCUAAAGGGGAGGAAAUUACAGUGGAGAUCUUGAAAGCACCGACCGUAGGUCAAGAUAUUAGACCAAUUGGUAGCGAUAUUGGCUCGGACAUGGAACUACUCAAAACAGGUGAAAGACUAUCUUCGGCACAUAUAGGUCUGCUCGCAGCUAUCGGCCGUACCAGCGUCAAAAUCGAAAAGUCUGCGAAAAUUGGAAUACUGUCGACUGGAAACGAGCUACAAUCUCCGCACGAAUCCAUCAAACCCGGAAAAAUCCGGGACAGCAAUAAGCUCACGCUGAUCAACUUGCUUAAAGAAUAUGGAUACAGCUCGAACGAUUGUGGAAUUUCUAAGGAUAACCCUGACGACGUGUUGUUGUCAUUCAUAAAAGCGUUCCGUUACAACGAUGUUGUCAUAACGACCGGAGGCGUUUCCAUGGGAGAGCACGACGUUAUCAAGAAUGUUCUCAUGGAGGAUUUCGGCGCCGAAAUUCUUUUUGGUAGAGUGAACAUGAAGCCUGGAAAGCCGACGACUUUCGCCAGACUCGAAUUCGAGGGUAAAACAAAAUUCGUUUUCGGACUGCCCGGUAAUCCAGUUUCUGCAAGCGUCACAUGCAUCCUCUUCGUGAUUCCCGGUUUAUCGUUCUGCAGUAAAGCAUUCUUCUCACAUAGAACAAUAAGCGUCCAUCUCAAUGAAAAGCUAUCGUUGGAUCAGAGGCCGGAGUAUGCUCGAGCCACGUACACAAAAACUGACGAUGGACGAUACGUUGCGAGAACAACAGGAAAUCAAAUUAGCAGCAAGCUUAAUAGUUUCGUUGGCGCUAAUUGUCUUUUGAUUCUGCCAGGCCAAACGUCGGAGCAGAAAACACUACCCAAAGAUUUCGAAGUUGAAGCCAUAAUACUUCCAACCCCAAACUUUAAUUGCACUGAAGAAAAUGAAAUUUAGCUACUUCUAGUAUUGUUAAUGAGAAUUAUAUAGAAAGGUGAUACAUUGGUAUAUAGAUUUAUAAUUUUAUUUACAGAAAAAGUAUAAGAAAUAAAACGUAGUACAAG